CAGCGGGCACGGCUCUGCUGCCCUCCCUCCCUCCCUCCCUCCUUCCUCCCUCCCUCCCUCCUUCCUCCUCCCAGCCCGGCUUUUCCCUGCUCGCCUCUGCCAGCACGGGACAGUGCCAGCCGGGCUGGUGGCCCUGCAGCAGCCAGAGCCGGCUGAGCCCCCGCACCCAUCCCGGGCCGGCAUCUCCGCGCCUCUCCUGGCCCAGGAGGGGCUGGAGCCCGCAGCCAAAGGAAGGGAGAGGUGCCAAGGACAGAAAAUCCAAAUGUUGGUGCUGUCGAACACCACGGCCCUGAACCUGCUCCUCUCCAAACUGCUCCAGGAGUGCCUGGAACGCACCAACAGCUCCUCUGCUUCCCAGGAGAGCAGUGCCAGCGGCAGCCUGGCCAUCAUCUACGUGCUGCUGAUGCUGGGGCUCUUUGGCUUCUUCACCGUGGGCGUGAUGGUGACCAACCUGCGGGCGCGGCGCCUCGAGGGGCCCCGCGACCCCUACAACACCUACAUCGCCACCGACGCCUGGCACAAGAAGGACAGGGAGUACUUCCAGGCCAAGGUCCUCGAGAGUUACAAGCUCUGCUGUGUCCUGGAGAACCAGCUGGCCGUGGAGCAGCCGGGCAGGAAGAUCCCCGAGGAGAAAUCUUCCUAGGGAGAAGCGGGGAAGGAUCGCACGCGGCACGGGGACGGUGCGAGCGGCGCCCGCUGCGGGUCAGGGGAGCUGCUGGCCCUUCUGCAGAGCCACGGGUCCUGGCCAGGCUGGAGGAGCAGCGGUGGUGAAGCUGAUGGAUGUGGGAGAUCCCAGUGCUGCCCCAGUGCCCGGCACGGGCGUCGCGCGGGGAGCACCGCGAGGCAACAUCGGGAUUCACGCGGAACACCGUGGAGUCAUCAGCUUCACCUCCUGGCCCAGGGCCUCAUCCCUCAGAGGGCAGGGAUGGAUGGGAUUUGGGGAAUAAAUCUGCCCUGGGGAGGCUGGAAUUCCCAGAGCAGCUGGGGCUGCCCCUGGAUCCCUGGCAGUGCCCAAGGCCAGGCUGGACACUGGCACACGGAACACCAUGGACUCAUCAGCUUCACCUCCUGACCCAGGGCCUCAUCCCUCAGAAUGGGAUUUUGGGAAUAAAUCUGCCCUGGGCAGGGAUGGAAUUCCCGGAGCAGCUGGGUCUCCCCUGGAUCCCUGGCAGUGCCCAAGGCCAGGCUGGACACUGGGGCUGGGACAGCCUGGCACAGGGGAAGGUGUCCCUGCCACGGGAAUGGGAUGGGUUUGAUCUCCCGUCCAACCCAAACCUUUCUGGGAUUCCCUGAUCCUCCACAGAGGCAAAUCUUGGUGUUGCUGGUGUGAAAUUAGAGCCUAAUUAGGACCUCAUUAAGAACCAAACACAGGGCAGAGGUGUUAACUGCCAAGCAUGGCUUAGACAUUUGAUUUCCAGAAAGACCAAAUUCUCCCAAGAAAUAGCAGCUGAAAGAUUUCAUUUUCAUUUUUGUCCAGCUUAGAAUAAUGAUUUUAUAAAUUGUACAGUGCUGUGGUAAUCUGUUUCCUUCAGCAUCAUGCCCCUCUUAGUGAUAAAACAUUAGGAAAAUAUUCCCAAUUUUUUGUCUGAAAAAUAUUUCCAUGGCAGAACGCAGACGUUGCAGGGACACUUUAGUGACUGUGACGGAUGUGGCACUUGGGGACAUGGUUAAUACUGGGUUAAGGGCCGGACUCAAAGGGCUUUUCCAACCUCAGUGAUUCCAGGAUUCUGAUUCCUAGCAGGUCUCCCAGACUGCACCUGCUGGGACCAGUCAAGUUAAUUUCCUUCCUGUGGAUGGGGCUUGAUCCUGGCAGCAAAAUCCACGUGCAAAGACUGGCUCUGUGCCAUCUGUGCUAUGGAUGUGGGGAACAUUCCCAAAUUUCAAUCCCAAUUAAUUAUUGCACGAGCCCCAAGUGCCAGCCCCUGGUUGGGAAGGGAAUUCCCACUGUGGGAAGAGCAAUUCCAUAAUUUCUGCUGUUAAAUCACCCAGAGGUGCUGGCUGUGCCUAGCUCAGGUUCCAUCAGCAGCUCCCAGGUGUCCAUCCAAGGAUCCAACACAAAACCCAGGAAGGUUUUUCCGCCUUUCCCUCCUCCACAGGAGGGACAGGGCAGCCAAAUUCAGCUGCUGUGGCACCAACAUUCAGCUUCUGUGAGAGGAGAAAUCCAUCUCCCCUGGGCAUUGUGUUCCCUAAAAGAACAGCUUGGAGCUGCCUUGGGGUGAAGGAAGCAGCACUCUGGGCAGGAGUGGGGAUUUUAUUCCUGCCCUGCAGACACAAAUCCCAUUUUUGGCUGUGGGGGAGGCCGGGAAGAGGAGCAGAGCAGCUGCUUCCAAGGCAAGGUGAGAGCAGAGAGCUUGGAGAGGGAAGCAAUGCCAGCAGAGCCCCUUUCCAGGCAUUUUAGAACUGCUCUUCCAUCUAAGCAACAUUCCAGCCGUGUCUGUGUUCCCAGAGCACUCAGGACACUCAAAAUGCAGGGUUGGUGUUUCAAAAUUAUAUUUAUUUAGUGCCUACCAUUAGGCUGAGGACAAGAUCCACGAUUUUGGUGUCUGGAGCAGCUUGGAAAAUCUCCAGCAACUUAAUUAUCCCAGUCACUUUUUCCUCUGGAGGAAUGACAACCCAAGCCCAGCUCUGGAAAAAUGUUGAUUUCUCAGCCUGGGCACUGCUCUUUUGGGAUCUCACUGUUUAGGACUUGCCCUGGCAGAGGAUUUACAGAGCCAGACCCUUGGGCUUGGCUUAAACUUGCACCAAAAAUUGCCUUUAAUGACGUGAAACCUUUUAAUGAGUUAAAACCUUCAAUCCAUGGAAACAUUUAAUGGCAUUAAACCCUAGGAGUGAAGCUCAUCCCCAGGGCUCCCUCCUGCAGCUCUCCCUCCACCCCAGGUAUUUGCAGGGAUUUGGGGUCAUUUUCUUUCCAUAGCUCCAGGGGGGUUAUUUGUGAGGAGGGUGAUGCUCAGCAUCAAUUGUACCCCAUUUCCCCCCCUCUUUUAGCAGCUCUGCCUUUUUAUUUAACUGAAAUUAAAAAAAGAGAGAAGCUUUGCUGUGCCACCCUCACCCCUGGGUGCCUGUGGUGGAUUCACACCUUGCACCUUUCAUUCUUGGAGUUCUUUUCUUCCUCUGGUUUUUUUUUUUUCCCACUUGCACAGAGCAA